GGCUGCCCCUUUGCGCAUGAGCGGCUGGUCACGUGCCCCGAACGUCCGGCAGUCGCCCCGCCUCCCCAGUUUCCGCGCGCCUCUUUGGCAGCUGGUCACAUGGUGAGGGUGGGGGCCGGGGGGCCGCUCUAGCCCGCGGCCUGUGUCUAUGGUCGGGCCCGUAGCGUCCAGCUGCCCCGGACCGAGCUCGAGUGUAUGGCGCCACAAGAACCGGCUCCGGGGCCCCGAUAACGGGCCGCCCCCGCAGCUCCCGGCACGGGGUGAGGGUCUCCUCUGAUCUGAGAAUGGCUACCCCUCGAUACGAGCCAGUGGCUGAGAUUGGUGUUGGUGCCUAUGGGACGGUGUACAAGGCCCGUGAUCCCCACAGUGGCCACUUUGUGGCCCUCAAGAGCGUGAGAGUCCCCAAUGGAGGAGGCGCUGGAGGGGGCCUUCCCAUCAGCACAGUUCGUGAGGUGGCCUUACUCAGACGGCUGGAGGCUUUUGAGCAUCCCAAUGUUGUCCGGCUGAUGGAUGUCUGUGCCACCUCCCGAACUGAUCGGGAGACCAAAGUGACCCUGGUGUUUGAGCAUGUGGACCAAGACCUAAGGACGUAUCUGGACAAGGCACCCCCACCAGGCUUGCCAGUGGAGACCAUCAAGGAUCUGAUGCGCCAGUUCCUAAGAGGCCUAGAUUUCCUUCAUGCCAACUGCAUCGUUCACCGAGACCUGAAGCCAGAGAACAUUCUUGUGACAAGUGGCGGGACAGUCAAGCUGGCUGACUUUGGCCUGGCCAGAAUCUACAGCUACCAGAUGGCACUGACACCUGUGGUUGUUACACUCUGGUACCGUGCUCCGGAAGUUCUUCUGCAGUCUACGUAUGCAACACCCGUGGACAUGUGGAGUGUUGGCUGUAUUUUUGCAGAGAUGUUUCGUCGAAAGCCUCUCUUCUGUGGAAACUCUGAAGCUGACCAGUUAGGCAAAAUCUUUGACCUGAUCGGCCUACCCCCAGAGGAUGACUGGCCCCGAGAUGUGUCUCUACCCCGUGGAGCCUUUUCCCCCAGAGGGCCCCGCCCAGUGCAGUCAGUGGUGCCUGAGAUGGAGGAGUCUGGAGCACAGCUGCUUCUGGAAAUGCUGACUUUUAACCCACACAAGCGAGUCUCUGCCUUCCGAGCCCUGCAGCACUCUUAUUUACAGAAGGCAGAAGGUAACCCAGAGUGAGCAGUGGAGGGGCUGCAACAGAACCAAGAGAGGAGAAGCUGUCAUUGCCCUUCUCUGAACACUUGAGUGGAGAGCCCCCCGCGGAGAAGGCCCCUUCUGCCUUCACCUUUGAGGCUGUGGAGACGUCUCCCCAACUUUUUACAGAGAAUAUUUUGCUGCCUUAAUGACAUUCCCCUCCCACCUCUCCUCUGAGGCUUCUUCUCCUCCUGCCCCUAUCUUCUUAUACCGAGGGGUCUGUCCCUUGUUCUUCCCUUCCCUACCCUGAUAUCAGGACCCUUUUUUAUACAGGAAAAACAAAACAAAACAAAUAUGGUCUUUUUUUU